AUGUCGGAUAUACGGUAUUCAUAUCUUAAUACAUUGGAUUAUCUUCCUUGUGAUGUAGUGAGAACUGCAUGGCUAUUACAAACAUUGGAUGGUAAAUUGAGAGAUCUGGAUCAAUCACCUGAACAAUUUAGAUAUUAUGGAGACAAUCUCAGCACACAGUCACAUUUGCUAGGUGACUUAGUAGAGCAAGAGAUAAGACGGCUCAAAGAAGAAUCUCAGGAAUUGGAAUGCCAAUUAGUCGUGAAGAAACGAUACAAUACAUUAUUAAAGAAUAAUCCUCAUUUGAUUAAAAAAUUGAAUAAGAAACUAAAGAAACCUUCUGUGAUUAAAACGAAAAACAAGAUGAAACUAAGUAUCAAUUUAAAACAAUUGAGAAAGGAAGUGAUUCAAGAACAUCGUGCUAAUAGUUUAACUCCGGCAAUAACUCCAGAUAAUAACAUCCUCUCAGAAGAAGAAGUAUAUUGCUGGUGUCAACAACCUUCUUUGGGCGAUAUGAUAGCCUGUGAUAAUGAGAAAUGUCCCAGAGAAUGGUUUCAUUAUGCGUGUGUAGGGAUAGUUCAUUCACCUAAAGGUAAAUGGUUUUGUAGUGAUAAGUGUCGAAAGGAGCAAAACUCUAAAAAGCGACACAUAUUUAAAAAGAAGAAAAAGAAGCACUAG